UUGGCGGAAUUUCGUCCCAACCGAGAUGAGGGACCGCGCAAAGCGCAAGACUGGAAAUUUUGUUAAAAGGAGCCGCCUCACGCAACACGCAGUCAGUUGUCCUGACGAAAACGAAUGUUUGCAACAAGCAUGGACGGUGCAAGAGAUUAAAGUUGAACCAGUUGAACAACAUUCGCACGUCAAAACAUCGACCACACGCAAGACAAAAUAAUAUACAACUACGAAGAAUUUAAAACCGUUUAUCAGAAUGACAAUAAUUGGCAAAAAAUCGUUGUCAAUCAGCAGUAUUGGCCAUUUCCGGCACGCGACAUUACUCUUUACGGCGCUGUUGUUGAUCGUCACGAACGGAUGCGCCGCCGGCGAGAAGGUUGACUUGAAAGAUCGUUGCAUGAAGUAUCCGCUGCAUUUGAUGUGCCGAGGCAGCGUGAUGAAGCGAGGCGUCCCAAAAAUUCGAAAUUUGGACAUGAUCUUCGACGAUUUCAUCCGAUCGAAAAUACCCAGGUCUACAUCCGAAUGGGAGGAGUAUCCUCACCGGCGAAAUAAUCUACUUAGUAGAUUAACCAAAAAAGAGCGCAAUGAUUUGUACGACUACUACAUGUCCACCAAGCAGGCGCAACACACGAACCGAUCGAAACUUUUCGACAGUUUGCUGCCAGGACGAAUUGCGCGGGACGCGAAUGACGCAAAUCCAGCGGUCGGUUUCAUCUCGUUCCUGGAAAAUUUAGAAUAUAAGUAGAUCACGAUCAAAUAAAUACAAACUAAUGAAGAAGAAACAGUAUUAUACAAAUAGAACUUAUUUAUAUUUAUGUCACAGUAUUUUUUCAAUAUUUAUUGUAGUCAAAUAAAACACACGAGACAAAAACAUUAACUAAAAUAAUAAAAUUCGAAUGUUUGAGCAAAUUAUAA